CCUAGUGUCGGAAGUAGCCGGCAGCGGUCCAGGCUGGGGGACCAUCCAGGGUGGGGGUGGGAGGGGGGUCGAGGGAGAACCUGAAGGGGGCAGGGCAGAAGGGACCCCCGGAACCCUGCCGCCAUCAGAGAUCAAGUAUUUGGCAUCAGGGAUCUUCGGACCCAGCAGAAGGAUCAGCCACAAGGGAGGUGUCCUCCCUAGGAAGCCAACGAGAGAGUCACCUCCCCCACAUCAGGAGCAGGGACCCCUCAUGACGCCGCUGGCAACCAUAUCAGGCCCCUAGCCUCUCAGCCUCCUUCCGAUCGCCCUCCUCUUACUCUUUCCUCCUCUCUUGUGGCAUUUGUGCCUUUACUCCUGCCCUCUGCGCUCCAGCACUCCUGUUCCGACCCAAACGCCCCAGGGCUUAGCUGCCCUGACCCCCCAUCCUGGGAUAUUUGCCAGAUCUGGGAGGGAGAUCAUUUGUUUGGGCUAUGCCCCCUGGUGGCCUGACAGUAUCUGCCUAGACCCCUGACCCCUAGCCCUCAACUCCCCAGGCCUCCUUUGUGUGAAGAGCCCUCCUCUGAUCAGCACUGUGGUUGGGGGCCAAAGGGAAAGCCGGCCCUGCUGGGCCCCUGGGCCCCACCACCUGCCUCCUUGUUGGGCAGCUUCCCUUGUCUUUGGGCCUCUCCCUGCUCCCCCCUGGCCCCUCCUCCUGGGCCGCCCCAAUGAAGGAGCCGGAUGCCAUCAAGCUGUUUGUGGGGCAGAUCCCGAGGCAUCUGGAGGAAAAGGACCUGAAGCCCAUCUUCGAGCAGUUUGGUCGGAUCUUCGAGCUGACUGUCAUCAAGGACAAGUACACCGGGCUGCACAAGGGAUGUGCCUUCCUGACAUACUGUGCCCGCGAUUCAGCCCUGAAGGCCCAGAGUGCCCUGCACGAACAGAAGACUCUCCCAGGGAUGAACAGGCCGAUCCAGGUCAAGCCGGCCGACAGCGAGAGUCGAGGAGAAGACCGGAAGCUCUUUGUGGGGAUGCUAGGAAAGCAGCAGACAGAUGAGGACGUCCGGAAGAUGUUUGAACCAUUUGGGACCAUAGACGAGUGCACUGUGCUUCGGGGGCCAGAUGGGACCAGCAAAGGCUGUGCCUUCGUGAAGUUCCAGACUCAUGCCGAGGCCCAGGCAGCCAUCAACACCCUUCACAGCAGCCGGACCCUGCCGGGUGCCUCAUCCAGCCUGGUGGUAAAGUUUGCUGACACAGAGAAGGAGCGAGGUCUCCGCCGAAUGCAGCAGGUGGCUACCCAACUGGGCAUGUUCAGCCCUAUUGCCCUCCAGUUUGGAGCCUACAGCGCCUACACCCAGGCCCUGAUGCAGCAGCAGGCAGCGCUGGUAGCAGCUCACAGUGCCUACCUCAGCCCUAUGGCCACCAUGGCUGCCGUACAGAUGCAGCACAUGGCUGCCAUCAAUGGCAAUGGCCUCAUCGCCACCCCUAUCACUCCAUCCUCAGGAACCAGCACCCCUCCUGCCAUUGCUGCCACGCCUGUCUCUGCCAUCCCUGCUGCCUUGGGCGUCAACGGCUACAGCCCGGUGCCCACCCAGCCCGCAGGGCAGCCUGCCCCUGAUGCUCUGUAUCCCAACGGGGUUCACCCUUACCCAGCUCAGAGCCCUGCUGCCCCCGUGGACCCUCUCCAGCAGGCCUAUGCGGGAAUGCAGCACUACACAGCCUAUCCUGCAGCCUACAGCCUGGUUGCACCUGCGUUCCCGCAGCCUCCAGCCCUGGUCGCCCAGCAGCCCCCACCACCACCUCAGCAACAGCAGCAGCAGCAGCAGCAGCAACAACAACAACAGCAACAGCAACAACGGGAAGGCCCUGAUGGCUGCAACAUCUUCAUCUACCACCUGCCCCAGGAGUUCACGGACUCAGAGAUCCUCCAGAUGUUUGUCCCUUUUGGUCACGUCAUCUCAGCCAAAGUCUUUGUUGACCGGGCCACCAACCAGAGCAAAUGUUUUGGCUUUGUGAGUUUCGACAAUCCGGCCAGUGCCCAGGCUGCCAUCCAGGCUAUGAAUGGCUUCCAGAUUGGCAUGAAGCGCCUCAAAGUCCAGCUAAAGCGGCCUAAGGAUGCAAACAGGCCCUACUAAGGGCUUCAGGUCUGGAGAUACCAGAGGAAGGGCACUCUCUUCCCAUGACUGGCCCUGGCCUUCUCUGCACAUCUGCCCUGGGCCUUGAUUGGACUCUGGGGCAAAAGCUGCUUCAUGGCCCUAAGGGUCCAGGACCUGGCUCACUCCCACCACCUUGCCUCUCUGAAGGGCCAUGGUUUUGCUUCCCUGGCUCCAAGAGCCUAUUUCCUCCCCAGUGCCCUUUUGGCCUUUGUGAGGAAGCGAGGAAUAGGCUUGGAGGCCCAGGGGUAUCUGCCUUCUGCUAGGGCUCCGGAGUCGGGCCUCUGCACCCACCAUUCGUUCGCACUUGUCUCCCCUUAGUGGGCCUGGAGUAGCUGUGCCCCCCUGAGGGCAGCCAGGCAUCCGCUCUCCCAAGCUUUCUCACCCCAGCCUCCUCCCCACUGUAGGGGCUUCUCAGAAGCUGGCUCUCACUUCUCCCUCCACCCUCAGCUAGAGGUAGGAUAUCUCCAAAUCCCAGGCUCCUAUCCCUAACACUCAUUGCCUCCCCCAAGAGCCCCCUCAAAGGAGGAUGUGGGGGAGCCCUGAGGGCUGCCUCUCUGCCAGCCAGUCACAGAGACCCUCCUUUCAUGAGGAAAAGACCUUCCCUGAAUCCCUAAAAUGUUUACAGUCUCUGCUGGCCUCCAUGUGAGUACCAGGACCACCAGGGCCUCACCCAGCCCAACCAGCCAGGCGCUGCCACCCUCUUUCUGGGAGUUUAGACAAUGUUGCCCUUGGACUUUUUUUCUCUCUCUUGAUUUCUCCCUUUGCUUUGGGGGUAAUUGGGUAUUUGGUAGGAAGGGUGUGGGGAGGGGUUAAAGGGGUUUAUUACCUGAUCAUUUUCUUUAGGAAGAAGUUUUAGGGAAAAGAACACGGGUGGGGGUGGGAUGGUAGUGGGCGAGAAGGGGAGUCAAUUUCUGACACUCUAUGCUUUACUUAUUUAUUUAUUCAGUUUUACUUUUGAAAAGUUGGUCUUUUCUGUCUAAAUAAAGAAAGAAGUUUAAAAGCA